UCGGACAAGCCGAUCACGGACGUCUGCCUUCUGGCAGAGAAGGAGAAAGUGUCAUCAGGGUACACAGUGAUUGAGUUGACUGAGGAUGGAAAGAAGGCGGACUUUGCUGAGGGUUCCACCACGCGUUACCUGGCCUAUACUAGGAAAGUUCUAUCGGGAGCCAGAGGUGACCUAACAGUGGUAGACAUUUUCGUCAUACCUAGUAAUGAGCGUUCUACUCUGGACCAGGGCUACGUCCCUCUUGAUAAUACAUACGACGACGACACAAUUGCAUUUUCUGACAAGUCACUUGUGCUCAUGCUGGCUGAUGCUCCAGAGGCCGGGAAGGUGAUCAUGGCAGUGAAAGAUAUAGUUAUUGUCAGUGCCUCCAUGAAGAUCGGCGUCCCACCUGACUUCACCAGACUACAGGAAAUCAAUGGAUUCUGCAUAUGUUUCAAAUUGGGAGAAUUUGGAGGGAGAAAUUCUGCACCAGCACAUUUGACGCAGACUGGUGAGUCUUCUACUCCUGACUCUGUGUCCGUAGUUUCUCCGGCCUCUAUCAGCUCUAGUGGUUCUGCAAACACUCCCUCCUCUUCUUCCGUCGUCCCUCCUACCAGAAGCUCUUCUAUCGCAGAUCUUGCCUCAGGCCACUUUCAGAUCAAUAAAUGCCUGUUUGAGGUGGGCAGGAGGCUGGGAUGGGAGGAGUUCCUAUUAUUAAAAACUCUGUAUAUAGAGACACUAUGUCUGAGGAUCCUCUCUCGUGUGAAUACACUACAGGAGGUCUAUCGGCAUUCCAUCGAGAACGAAAUUGGUGCAAUUCGUAGAGACGGUCUUAUAAAAGAGAAUAUGAGACUCUCUCGCCAAGAGUCGCUGGCACUCUUAGCAUACAGGCUCCAGAUUCUCAUCCCCACAUCUGAAGUUUUGACAAAGAAAGACACCAGAAACAUGGGGGCCAAAGAUGCCAUCUCGAGCCUGCAGAAUCUGUUGGGUACACUACCAACUGUCGAAGAGAUAGAAAUUUCCAAAGAGUCGAGGCUGGUAGAAUGCCUUGUGAAAUGCUAUGUUAAUAUGACAUCUAAACAGCGCAAUGAGCGGAAGCAAUGCUUUGCAACAUGUUUAGGGUUAAAUGCAGAAACAGCAACAGUUUUUGAAAUGUUUGUUGAUCAAUUUAUGCGACCCCCUGAAGAAGUCGUGAUGAUGUUUACAAGUUCAAUGAGGCAGGCACAAUGCCACAGAUCUGCAUAUAUUGAGCUCCAAGAAAACCUGCAGAAACACAGCAUACCUCACCAGGAAAUACACAUACCUGAUGAUGAUGAGGAUGAUAUCGGUAGCCAGCCCACUCUUCCACAUCUAAUUCGCCUUAAAGUCCCUCAGGAAGUUGGGCCACACUACACCGCAUUCGGAGUCCCUCCUCCUCAACGAUAAGACUGGGAGUAGAGUCUUGGCCCUAAAGAAGGAGUGUCAGGGUGUGGCUGAUGAUGUAAUGUGGAGAAUCCUGCAGGAGUGGCUGGAGGGGAAAGGGACUGCCUGUGAAGUGGGAGACACUUGUCAAGACACUCGGAGACAUUGGACUCUCGGCUCUAGCUAAGCGACUUCAAACCAAGUUAAAGCUAUGAUUUGACGUAAAAUGUGCUGUGAAUAAGUAAUGAUGCCUCUUUGA